CAUUAAUUUACAAAAUAUGCUGAAAUACAGAGAAUCCUCCCUCUCCUCUCUCACGCUUUCUCUCCUCUGAAGGCUUGAAUGAAUUUUCUAAUAAUCUGAAUUACUUCGUAUAUUUUCUAUUUAAUUCUUUUCGUUCAUGUCUUAUAUGAACAAUUCGUUGAACCCAACUCAUUUCAGAAACAGCUCCCAUCAUCCAACUCAGUGACUCAAAUAGCUCCGAGUGUGAUAUUCAAAGAUCAUCAGCUGUUAAACCCAGGGUAAACUUAAGGUUUUCAUAUCUGGGCACCUUAAACUUAUAACAAUUGUAAGGAGGGUUUAUCUGGUACAAAAGAGUGGGUUAUUUUGGGAUCAUUUGUAAUGGGGGAGGAAGCACCUGAAUCAAUGAACCUUGAUUUGAAUCUGGAUCCUACCCCUGAGCCAGGGCCGGGAUUGGUUUCGGUUGAAGGUGUGAAUUCGAAUGCUUUUGUUGAUAGCCGCCCGGUUACUAGGAUUAUGGAAGCUGUUAGGCGCAGGCGAUGUCAACAGAUUUUUGGAAGUCCUGCUGAAAAUGUAGAAUUGAAUCAAUCUAUUGGGAGUUCAGGCGAUUUGAAUACAUUGCAGGUCAGUGAAUGCAGUCUUGUUACAGAUGAAAGUACGAUUGAUGUACCGAAAGCAUCUGAAAAUACCAUUGGAUUUUCAGAAGAUGAGGUUUCAGAAAAGAAGGUUAAUGUUGAGAAGGGUGUUAGCAGUGAUGGCAGUUUUUUCGAUUGUAACAUAUGCCUCGGUUUGGCCUGGGAACCUGUUGUAACUUGUUGCGGUCACCUGUUUUGCUGGUCUUGUCUCUACCGAUGGUUAAAUGUACAUUCCAAAGCAAAGGAAUGUCCUGUCUGCAAAGGAGAGGUUACGGUUAAAUCGGUGAUCCCAAUUUAUGGGCAGGGGAAGAUUACCUAUGAGUCAGAAGAGGAUUCGGGUCUUAAGAUCCCUCCUCGGCCUACUGCUUGGCGGGUGGACAGUUGGAGGCAAAUUAUACAAAGGAGUGCUUUUAAUCUUCCCAUAGGUGAGAUGAUUCGCAGCAUUGGAAGCAGAUUUCAUUUGACUCGUGACCCUACUCCAUCGCAGCUUGCUAAUACUGCCCAGGAAACUGCUGAAAGAACUCAUUCUGUUCUUAACAGGAUAAUGGCAUCCCGCAGACUCCAUAGAGCACAAAACACAGUUGCAUCCCUUGAUGAUGUUGACUUGAUGCAUAGCAGUUCAACCAGUACCGAUGUUAUGUCUUCCCGGAUUCAUUCUUUGUUUCUUGAAAGACAAUCACAACUGCGAAGAUCCGCAAGAAUUACUUCAUUGUCAUCCGCAUUGACUUCUGCAGAGAGAUUAGUUGAGGCAUAUUUUCGAAGAAAUCUGGUGGGAAGAAAUCAGGAGCAGCCACCACCGGUUAACGAUAGAGAUUCUUUGUCGAGUGAUGCUGCAGUAUUAAACACGGAGAGUCAAUUAGAUGCUGCGGUCGAAAUAGACUCUGCGAUAUCAGUCUCAACUUCAUCUUCUAGUAGAAGAAACAAUGUUUCAAGGGUUUUGGAUGUAGACGGCGUCAACCCUCGACCGGUUAGGAGAAGACUGAACUAGGAGCUAGAAAGAGUUUUUAUCAUAUCUCAAUGUCAUGAAAUUGCCCAGCAUUGCGCUUCUAUUGCUUUUUCUGUUUUACAAAGAAUUUAGUUAAUCAUAAAGCUUUCAAAUAUGUUAUGAUCACAUUAUGACAAUUAAAUUGUCAAUCAUCCUUUCAUAA